ACGUUUGUAAUACAGAAAAGUGAAGAGAAACGGGAGUUCGAGUUCAGCCGGUUGCGCACGUGCCCUCACCUCCUGGGCGUCUCAAGUUUCAUCACGCACCAUGUCGCGCGUGCUUAUCGUGCUCCUGAAGGAGCGUCAAAUGUUUCAACAGGGAGGCACUCUAGAUUUGACCUGAUCACUGAAUAGAAGCAAAGUUUUCCCUCUUUUUUGGAAGACCAAACGUGUUGCGUUGCUUUUGAGCCAGAGUUGAGCCGAGCUUCACUAAACCUUAACUUACACAAAGCCGGUAACCUGCGCGAUAUCGGCUCUGAGCUUACAGAGGCACAACACCAGAACUCCGACAUUCAAGAUGGGCGACCUCACGCUGGAAGCCAUAAUGAACAUGGACUCCAGUUCCAUAUGGCUGCUUUCUGUAACCCUUCUAGCGUUCCUGAUCCCGGUAGUCAUAAUACUACCUCCUGUAUCACCGGCCAAGAGCGAUGCGCUCCUGCAGACCCAUUCGCUCGCCGGCCUGGCGCCAUCCAAGAGCAAUCUGAAAUCACAAUACACACCGCAGAUUCACGAAGCCAAGGAUGGACAGAAGGCCAAGGUCCAGGCCAUGGUCAUCUACCCGGUCAAAUCGUGCAAGGGUAUCGAGGUCUCACAGGCGCGCGUGCUCCCGCAAGGGCUAGAGUUUGACAGACUUUUCACGUUCGCGCAGCUCAAGUCGCGGUUCCCGGUGCACGUGGACCCGAGCGCAGAAAAAGACGAGAAGGACGGGCAUUCGUGGACUUUCAUCACCCAGCGGCAGUUCGCGAGGUUGGCGACCGUGACGGUGGAGCUGUGGUUGCCGGACGAGAUGAAGCUGCGCAAGCAGAGCAUGAAGACGAAGGAGGCGUUUCUGAUUCUUCGGUUCCCUUGGAAGAAGCCCGGCUGGAGAGGUGUCGUAGACACGAUCUCUGCGAAGCUCACGAAGGGGUGGCUGAAGGGAGAGCCGGAGAUCGAGGUCCUGCUCCCCGUGGAUUUCCCCGCGGCGGAGCAGGUCAAGGCUAGGGGCUACACCUACGAGGAUGUCACCAUCUGGAAGGACACGUUCCGCGCACUCAAUAUGGGCCAGGAGUUGCCCAGAGAACUUCAGUUAUACCUGGGUGUCAGCAACAAGCUGGGACUGUUCAGGAUCGACCCAGGUAAUCUGAGAGAGGUCCAUAAAAACGCGCCCAAGAAGGAGGUGAUCGGAUGGCAGCCUGUUGUCGCCUUCCAGGAUGGAUAUCCUCUAAAUAUUCAAAAUCUUUCCAGCGUCCAGAAAUUCGCUGCUGAAGUACCCAAGGACGAGGACCUCAAACAGCUCGAUAUCAUGCGCUUCAGAGCCAACAUCAUCCUGACCGGCGCGCCUGCUUACGACGAGGAUACGUGGAAGCAGAUCCGUCUCGAGCCCGGCUCUUCUGGUCUCUAUAGCUCCGUGUCUCUGAACAUCUCCUGUCACACGACCCGUUGCAAGCUGCCCAACGUGGAUCCUGACACGGGCAAUCGCCAUGCAGUGCAGCCGGAUAAGUCGCUUCGUGCGCUCCGAGACAUUGAUCCCGGUGCGCCGAAGACUGGAUGUCUUGGUAUGCAGGCGUGCCCGCUGUUCGAAGGGGGGCUGGCCGAUGAGGAUAGAGUGGGAUGGAUCGGCGUGGGAAUGGAGAUGCAGGUUGAGCAACGGGGAGAACACCAUUACCUAAAGGACUAAGCACGACUAGAUAAGUUAAAAAAAGAAAAUAAAGAUAGAUCUCCACCGCAUAUAAGUCGUAAUUAGAGCAAACUACGCAAGAGACCUAGC